AUGAGCAGGGCAGAACAGACUAAACUGUGUAUUUCUCGAUUCUCCAUGUCAAAUCGCCCGAGUUUUUCCUCUUCUGUUUUUUCCUCUUCUGUUGUCAACUCUACUCUUUUUAACCACUUUCUUUUGCUUUCCUUCUUCACUUUCCUUCUCCUCCUCCUUCUUCUUCUUCUUCUUCUUCUUCUUCUUCUUCUUCUUCUUUUCUUCUUCUUCUUUCUUUCUUUUGAUCUCAACUUUUCGAUUGCCGCUUCUUUCGUGAAUAAGCAAAGUUCUUUCCUUCUGAAGAGACUGGCCUUCUUUCCAAGUUUUAGUUCUUUGGUUUCUCCUUACCAUCACUUUCCUUUCCUUCUUUUUCUUUUUUGCCUUCUUCUUUGUUCCUUCUCACGUUCUCUUUUUUCUAGCGUCUCUCUUUUCUUCUCUUUUCUUUCUUUCUUUAACCUUUUCUCUUUGGUUUUCUUUUCUUUUUCUUCUCUGCUUUGCCAUCUUUUCUUUUCUUUCCGUUUUUCUUUUCUUUUUCUUCUUUGCCUUCUUUCCUUUCUUUCUCCUUCGCCUUCGUUCUUUUCCUUCUCCUUUGCCUUCUUUCUUUUCCUUUUUCUUUGCCUUCUUUCUUUUCUUUCUUCUUUGCCUUCUUUCUUUUCUUUCUCAUUUGCAUUCUUUCUUUUCUCUUCUUUCUCCUUUGCCUUCUUUAUUUUCUUUCUUCUUUGCCUUUCUUUUCUUUCUCCCUUGGCAUUUUUCUUUCCUGUCUUCUUUGCCUUCUUUCUUUCCUUUCUUCUUUGCCUUUUUUCUUUUCUUUCUAAUUUGCUUUCUUUCUUUUCCUUCUUUCUUUUCUUUCUUCUUUGCCUUCUUCCUUUCCUUUUUCCUUCGUUUUUUUUCUUUCCAUUCUCUUUUGCCUUCUUUCUUUCUUUUUUCCUUUGUCUUCUUUCUUUCCUUUCUUUUUUGCCUUCUUUUUUUUUCAUUCUUCUUUGCCAUCUUUCUCUCCUUUCUUUUUUGCCUUCUUUCUUUUCUUUCUCUUUUGCCUUCUUCCUUUCCUUUCUUCUUCGCCUUCUUUCUUUUCUUUCUCUAUUGUCUUCUUUCUUUCCUUUCUUUUUUGCCUUCGUUCUUUUCUUUCUCCUUUGCCUUCUUUCUUUCCUUUUUUCUUUGCUUCUUUCUUUUCUUUCUUCUUUGCAUUCUUUAUUUCCUUUCUUCUUCGCCUUCUUUCUUUUAUUUCUCUUUUGUCUUCUUUCUCUCCUUUCUUUUUUGUCUUCUUUCUUUCCUUUCUUCUUUGCCUUCUUUUUUUUCCUUCUCGUUUGUCUUCUUUAUUUCCCUUCUUCUUUGCCUUCUUUCGUUUCUUUCUCCUUUAUCUUCUUUCUUUCCUUUCUUUUUUGCCUUCUUUCUUUUCUUUCUCUUUUAUUUUCUUUCUUUCCUUUCUUUUUUGCCUUCUUUCUUUUCUUUCUCCUAUGUGUUCUGUUUUCCUUUCUUUUUUGCCUUCUUUCUUUUCUUCCUCUUUUGUCUUCUUUCUUUCCUUUCUUCUUUGCCUUCUUUCUCUCUUUCUCUUUUGCCUUCUUUCUUUUCUUUGUCUUUUGCCUUCUUUCUUUCCUUUCUUUGUUGCCUUCUUUCUUUUCUUUCUUUUUUGCCUUCUUUCUUUCUUUUCUUCUACGCCUUUUUCUUUUGUUUCUCUUUUGCCUUCUUCCUUUCCUUUGUUCUUUGCCUUCUUUCUUUUCUUUCUCCUUUGUUUUCUUUUGCUCCUUUCUUUUUUGCCUUUAUUCUUUUCUUUCUCUUUUGACUUCAUUCUUUCUUUUCUUUUUUGCCUUCUUUCUUUUCUUUCGACUUUGUCUUCUUUCUUUCCUUUCUUUGUUGCCUUCUUUCUUUACUUUCUUCUCCGCGUUCUUUAUUUCCUUUCUUCUUUCCCUUCUUUCUUUCUUUUCUUCUUCGCCUUUUUCUUUUCUUUCUCUUUUGCCUUCUUUCUCUCCUUUCGUUUUUGACUUCUUUCUUUUCUUUCUCCUUUGUCUUCUUUCUUUUCUUUAUUCUUCUCCUUUUUUGUUUUUUCUCUUUUACCUUCUUUCCUUUCUUUCUUUUUUGGCCUUCUUUCUUUUUUUCUCCAUUGUCUUCUUUCUUUCCUUUCUUUUUUGCCUUCAUUCUUUUCUUUCUCUUUUGCCUUCUUUCCUUCUAUUCUUCUUUGCCUUCUUUCUUUCUCCUUUAUCUUCUUUAUUUCCUUUACUUUUUACCUUUUUUCUUUUCUUUCUUUUUUGCCUUCAUUCUUUUUUUUCUCCUUUGCUUUUUUUUCUUUUCUUUCUCUUUUGCCUUCUUUCUUUUCUUUCUUCUUUGCUUUGUUUCUUUUCUUUCUUCUUUUUGCCAUUUUACUAUUUCUUUCUUUUCUAUUCCCUUCUUGAUUUCUUUUAA